UUUGUAUAAUCCGUAACUCCUCCCUAUAUAUACCCCCAUAAUCCAAUGCAAACAAUACAUGUUUCUCAUUAAAUCAACCACGACGAAGAGACCAUUAAAGAAAACAAACAGCGAUGACGAUGAAGCAGCGGGAGGAAGUUGACCAGUCAGAAACACCCCAACUUUGCAAGGCGGGUUGCGGGUUUUUUGGGAACCCGAAAACCCAAAACUAUUGUUCUAUUUGUUUUAAGGUUGUGCUUCAGAAGGAGACAUCCAAGCAAACAGUUAUUUCCGUUAAUGUCGUUGAUACAAUCCCAUUGAAAGACCAUCGUAGUGUUGAAGUCAAGACGAAGAACAGAUGCCACGUCUGCAACAAACGGGUUGGGUUGAUUGGGUUCGGGUGUAGGUGUGGUCAAAGUUUUUGUGGGUUGCACCGGAUGCCUGAAGAACAUGCAUGCAAAUUUGAUUUCAAAGCCGCUGGCCGUGCGGUUUUAGAGAAAGAAAACCCGGUUUGUGUAGCCGAUAAACUGGAGACCAGAAUUUGAUUAGUUAACUUAACAAAGUCUUGUAUUUUCAGUUAGUGUUAUUAUUUGUCUUUGUAAUUUCAGCCUCACUAUUUUUCUUAAAUACGUUAAACUCAAUUUUCAUAUUUUG